GCGCUGCUGACGUCACGGGGGCGACGGCCAAUGAGGAGGCGGGGGCGGUGGGCCGCUAGUGUUUGAAUCCGGCGGCCGUUACCUGCGCCGCGGCAGUGAGAAAAGAUUCAGUUGCUUCAUCUGAAAGAGCCUUGGAAGCAAAGGAGGAGGAUAAAAGGGGCAGUUAUGUCUGCUCCUAAGGAAGAAGAAGUCUGUAAUCAUGUGAAAGUGGUGGUCCGAGUCCGUCCAGAGUCUCAAAAGGAAAGAGAUGGCAACUUUAGCAAGGUUGUUCAUGUUGUUGACCAGCAUAUAUUGGUCUUUGAUCCAGAGGAAGAAGUUAGCUUCUUUCACGGGAAGAGACUGGCACAUAGGGAUAUUAAUAAAAGAAAAAAGAAAGAUCUUAAAUUUGUGUUUGAUGCAGUUUUUGCUGAAGAUUCAUCCCAGAUGGAAGUUUUUGAGCAUACUACCAAAAGUGUUAUUGAUGGCUUCUUAAAUGGAUAUAACUGCACAGUGCUUGCUUAUGGUGCAACGGGAGCUGGAAAAACUCAUACAAUGUUAGGUUCCCCUGAAGAUCCUGGAGUGAUGUAUUUAACCAUGAUGACACUUUAUAAUUGCAUGGAUCAAAUAAAGGAAGAUAAAAUAUGCAAUGUUGCUGUGUCUUAUUUAGAGGUUUACAAUGAACAGAUCCGUGAUCUGCUGGUAAAUUCUGGACCUCUGGCUGUUCGUGAAGAUAACCAGAAAGGAGUGGUAGUUCAAGGGCUAACAUUACAUCAGCCUAAAUCAGCAGAGGAAAUACUUCAAAUGUUGGAUUAUGGAAAUAGAAAUAGAACACAGCAUCCCACAGAUGUAAAUGCCUCCUCUUCCCGGUCGCAUGCUGUCUUCCAGAUUUAUCUGAGACAGCAAGAUAAAACAGCAAGCAUUAAUCAAAAUGUUCGCAUCGCCAAAAUGUCUCUCAUUGACCUGGCAGGAUCUGAACGUGCCAGCGUGACAAAUGCCAAGGGGGCUCGUUUUAGAGAAGGAACAAAUAUUAACCGCUCCCUGCUAGCUCUUGGAAAUGUCAUUAAUGCCUUGGCAGACCCAAAGAGCAAGAAACAGCACAUUCCUUAUCGAAACAGCAAACUUACUCGUCUGUUGAAAGAUUCUCUUGGAGGAAAUUGCCGAACAAUAAUGAUAGCUGCUGUUAGUCCGUCUUCUAUGUUUUAUGAUGAUACAUAUAAUACUCUCAAGUAUGCAAACCGAGCAAAAGAUAUAAAGUCUUCUUUGAAGAGCAAUGUUGUGAGUUUGGACAGUCACAUAAGCCAGUAUGUUAAAAUUUGCAACGAACAAAAGAAAGAGAUCCUAAUGUUGAAAGAGAAACUGAGAGAAUAUGAAGAAAAGCAAGCAAGCAUUCCAGAAAAUCUUACAGCUGUGACGCUUCCAAACACCCAGCAAGCAGAAAUACAAAGAUACAAAGAAAUCCUUAAAAAUGUGUUUGCAAACCGUGAGGAAAUCAGAAAAGAAUACCUCAAGUUGGAAAUGCAACUGAAAGAAAAUGCAUUGAAGGCAUAUUACCAGAAACAAUGUCACGAACAAAUACAACUGAUGUGCUCUGAAGAAAGAGUAGAAAGGGCCACUUGCAAGACUGAUCAAAGGCUUGCAAGGCUUAGAACUCACUGUGUACACGUGCAGAAGAGGAAAGAGGAGGAGGUCAAACAUUUUGAGGAAAAUACUGAUUGGCUGCAUCGAGUUGAAAAUGAAAUGCGCCUCCUGGGUCAAGAUGGUUGUAUUCCAAAGGAACUCAGUAAAGAUCUGCGGUGUUGCCAUUUAAACCUAGAAAUUAAGGACCUGAAAGCCCAGAUAGAGCACAUGUUAUCUCUGGUGUCCCUUCAAGUUCAACAUUAUAAGCAGACAGAAAAAGUGCUAGUUACUUUGCUGCCAGUUCUUCGCAAGCAAUACCUGACUUUGAAAGAAGCUGGGUUGGCAAAUAAUUUAACUGAGACUGAAUUUGGGGAGGUUGAGCAGCUGAUUGAAAGACAAAAAUCAGUAGUUUGGGCAGACCAAACUGAAGAGAAGGAGCAAAAUAAAAACCAUCAACUAGAGUUGUCAUCUGUCUUUGUAUUCCCACAACUUGUGCACAGACCAAACACCCCAUGCCGUACAAAUUUUGGCACGCCAUCACAAGAAAUGAAUACAAAUACACAACAAAUAACAAGAUAUGCAGUACCACUACAGAAAAAAACCAGGCGGAAGCUGAUGGGCUCUCCAGUCACAGCUCAAACUCCUGAUGCGUCCAAGCCCUCCAGUCUCCAUCAUCUGGAAGAUUCUCUUACCAAGGAGGUCCGCCCUAUUGUCUAUACACCAGAAUUUUGCAGAAAACCAGUACAAAGCUACUGUACGCAGGCUGUGGUAAAGAAAGCUUUGCACCUUGCAGGCCUUCAAGAAGCUGAUGCAUGUAAUAUAGGUAUGCCAGUGAAAAAGACAAGUAGUAUGGACUACACAUGUGAUGUCCCAAAGUGCGAUGAAGCUGACAUGGACUCAACAGUAAUUCUCUAUGAAGGGACAGGUGAAACAACUGAAACAUCUAUUGACUCGUCCAUGAAGGAGGCGCAGCCAUGCAGCAAUGUCUUUCUACAAAGGCUUGAUCUCUUUUCCUUAAAAAAAAAUAAUCAUUCUUCAGCACUUGAGAAGCCCUCAUAUAUGGCAAUGACUUCUGCUGCUGAGAGAAAAAGAAAGGUAUUAAGUUCUUCAUCAAACACUGCAUUAGGCAGCCUGCAAGACCCUGUUUCCGCAAAACGCAUUCGGCAAGAUGUCUUGAUGAGCUAUAGAGCUCUAAGAGUACCCAAAAUGGCAGGAAUUAAAACAAGGAAGUGCAAGCAAGAACAGAAUGUGCCAAGAAACCUACUGAAAAAGCCUUUCUGAAGGAAAUGUAUCGUUGGGUGUUAACAUGAAGUCUUUUGCUUUGCGUUUGUAAGGAAAAAAAAAAAAUAGGAUUUUGCUUUUAGUCUGUCCAUAUUUCAAGCAGGAUUGAUGGAUAGCAAAUGAGAACCCGGUGAUCUUAGUUUCCCUCUUGUGAGUUGUUUUGUGUUAAAGGUGUCUCUUAGUAAUGCACUAGUUCAGAAAGAACCAUUCUUGGAAAUAAAAGGAUUUUGUUAAAUGCUGUAAGAUAAGUUCUCUUCUUGUCUCCUGUUAAAGCUUACAAAUGUGUUUUGUAUAUUAACAAGUUAAAGACACUUCAUUUGGACUCUGGAAUGCAGAAGGGCACAGUGUAACUAUUGCUAUAAUCUUUGUGAAUAUUUCCCUGUGUUUGACUAACAGAUCAAUAUUUCAGACAAUGCAAGUCUUUAAGGGGAUCAAUGGUGCUGUAAUUUCUACGUGCUACUCUAAAUUGCUUACCUACAAUCAGUCUUACUUCUCUGAGAACAUUGUGGUACAGAAGUUAGAAAAUUUGUUUUGAACUGCUAAAUUAUUUUCACUGAAAUGUCCUAAUGUUAAAAUUGUUUUUCAUUUGGAAGAAAGUCAAACAUGUUAAUGUUAAAAUGUAUUCAUGCUUAGCACUAGGAUGCCAGUGUAUUCCUAGAUAUGCUAUCAUGGAUACAUUCUACCCGUGUACUACCAGGAGGCAGGAAAAUAUUUACAAAAAGUGUUUUUAAUGAAGUACUAAAUCUAAAUCUUUUUAGUCUUUCUAUUCUUUGUCUGUUCCUUCGUUGUAAAUGUUUGUUUUAUUUUUCAGGUUUUUUAAUUUGGUUGUUAAUAGGAUUAUUAUGUUAGUUUGAAUAAAUACUUAGUCUUGAUGACCAAUGUAAUGUGAAUUGAACGUCUAGAAAUAAAUGUACUUUUUUGCCUCUU